CCGAGAUCCGAAGCCCUUAGUUAGGUAUGGAUCCCCUAGGGACCACGUCGUGGUCCGUGUGCCCAUGCGACAUAUGUUCGUCUGUAGUUUCAGUCAGCUAAUACAUCGCGUGAGUCGGCGACUCGUCAACCCAUCGGCUGGGGGUACUGGUAUUCCAACAUCGACACACGGUACCUAAUCCUGUUUGAUCUCACCACGUCUUCAACUUGAUUCCAACUCGCGGCCCUGCACUCACCAAAAUGGCGUCCAGGGCCAUGUGGGAAGUUGAUCCCGAGACCCGGGCCAAGUUGUCCGCGAUCCAAAAAGAAGCCAAGAAUAAUGUCUGCUGCGAUUGCAACGCGCCGUCGCCCCAAUGGGCUUCCCCGAAGUUUGGCAUCUUCAUCUGUCUCUCAUGCGCCGGUGUACAUCGGGGAUUAGGUGUCCACAUCUCCUUUGUCCGCAGCAUUUCAAUGGACGCCUUUAAGCAGAUCGAGAUCGAGCGUAUGAGACUUGGUGGCAACGAAAAUUGGAAAGAAUUCUUUGAAAGCCACGAACACACCAAAAUGGGAGGUAUCACAUGGGACAGUACCACAAUUGCGGAUCGAUAUAGUGGUGAAGUGGGAGAAGAAUGGAAGGAGAGGUUGACGGCGAAGGUGGAGGGCAGGGAAUACAUCCCGGUUUCAAAGAAGACUACUCCCAAGCCCGCAACGGCAACGGAAGCCACCCGCUCUGGAUCGCCCAUCCACGGCAGCAUCAAUAACCGCUCGGCGGCUGGGGGAGAGAGAGUAAAAGUAGAUGACGAGUACUUUUAUACACUAGGAGCCAAGAAUGCGAACCGACCGGACGGUUUGGCUCCUAGCCAAGGGGGGAAAUAUGGCGGUUUCGGGAACACCCCGACACCUCCAACGAGAGACGAUGCCAGGGCACCCACUUACGACGAAUUGCAGAAAGAUCCCGUGGCAGCUUUGACUAAAGGCUUCGGAUGGUUCGCAUCCACGGUGACAAAGACCGCCAAGACCGUGAACGAUGGUUAUAUUCAACCUACGGCGAAACAACUUGCGGAGUCGGAUUUCGCGAGGCAAGCACAGGCAGCAGCAGGUCAGGUUGGUCGCGCGGCGCAGCAACGCGCUCGCAGCGCGCAGAGCGGCCUGAACCGGUUUGUCGAAGGUCCACGAGACGACUACAGACAGGUGCCCAUAGACGAGAGCAAAAGAGGGUUCUGGGACGAGUUUUCAAGUCUAGCAGGCGAACAACAUCAGCAGCAUAAGUCCCGACCAUCCGGCAACAGUUCCAUUGGCACUUCGGCCAUGAAACCCUCUAGUAGUAGCACGGCUGCUCCGCCAGCAACAAAGAAGGACGAAUGGGAUGCCUGGUAAUAAGAAGGGCAGAGUUGUAUAUUUUGUUAUAUAUCCGG